UCUAUCUAGAUCGGGCUAAAUCAAAGAGACGAAUUGUUAAUUUAACAACAGAUUGUUGUGAUGGUCUAAUUUUAGCUGAUAUAAUUGAAAAUGUAACAACAUUUAAAGUAGAAAAUAUGAUUAAAAAUCCUAAAACUCAACAACAAAUGAUUCAAAACGUUCAUUCUUGUCUAACAACACUACGUACUCAUUCAAUUGAUGGAACAGAAGAAAUAACAGCAUAUGAAAUUUAUUCUGGACGAUUAAAAUCUAUUUUAACAUUAUUUUUCUGUUUAAGUCGUUACAAACAAUAUUUAAAAGAAAAACAGAAAUUAUUGCUGAUUUCAAAACCACAAGAGAAUUCGGAACAAAUUAAUUCACCUAUAGUUGAAUCACAGUCAACAACACAUUUUAAUCAACAAUUGAUUCUGAAUAAGCAGAUACAAGAACCACAAUCGAAAUAUAUACGAAAUCAACAACAACAAUGUUUUGAGAAUAAAAGUAUUGAAGAACAUGAAGAUAUGGAAACAUUAAAAUACAAGGCGAAUUGGCAAAAAUCGACGCCUUAUUCCAAAACCAACGGAACAGCGAUACCAUUACCAGCAACAGUAUUAGUGCAACGAAGAUGUCCACCGGAUAAAGUUAGGCCAUUGCCACCAACACCAAAUCAUGUGCCAAGUAUACCUGGAUUGGCUAAAACUAGCAGUAGUGGCUCUGGAUCAUUGAAUAAUUCCCCUAUAAAUAGUCAUCCACAUGUUAGUUUACAGUCAUCACCGCAGAAAGUUAGUAAUGGCUUGCGCCAACCGCAAUGUAAAAUACCGUCUAGUCCAUUUACGUCUCCGAAAAUGGGUGGGCAUUCAUCAACAACUUCAACUACAACUUCACCUCACACAACUACUUCAUCUUCAAAUAUGCUGCCUUCGGACAAACCACCUCCAUUGCCGGCAGCAAAUCCACCUCCACCUAAACAUUCAAUGCUUGAUAAAUUCAAAUUAUUUAAAAGCGAAAAAUCAUCAUCUUCAUCAAAUUCAUCUACUAAAUCCGAGCGUACUAGUUCCAGUAGUGGAUUUUCUUCUGCUCGUAGUGAAAGGAGCGAUUCAAGUUCAAGUCUUAAUCAUAUACCACCUUCAAUUACGAAGAUGAAAACGACUUCUAAAAUAUCUACUGCUAAUAAUGAAAUUAAUCGUAAUAAAGAAUCUUCUGUUAAAAAGCAUUCAAAACAAUCUUCAAAUCCUGAGAAAAACUCUUCAAAACAAACAAAAGAUAAAAGUCCUGCAAAAUCAUCUAUAAAGGAUGAAAAAGGAAUAAUUAAAUCACAAAAAAAUUCUUCAAAAAAUUCAAAUUCUGAACAAGAAAAAUUGAAAUCAGCACUUAAAUCAUCAUCUUCUGAGCAAAAUACAAAAUCAUCUGAUUCAAAAUUGAAUAGUGGUAUGGUGAGAUCAAAUUCAAGUAACCUAUCAAACAAUAAUAACAACAAUAAUAACACAGGAAUACCAAAACCAAUGGCAGCUAUUAAAGGACAAACUAAAAAUAUGCAUAUCAAUUCCGAUGAUAAAUCAAAUUUAAUGGCAAAAGAUUCACAAAAGGACAUAUCAAAGAAUAGCUGUGAUAAUGGUGUUGUUAAUUCACAACAACAUAAUUCUGAACAAUCAAAAACACAUAUUGUUCGUCCUUUACCUACACAUCCGCAUCAACAUAACGGAUUAAAUAUCAAUAACGGAUUAGUUCCGUGUAUUAAACCAGCACCAAUUUUAAAUGGUAUCCUUAAAAAUUGUGACAAUGAUAUAAAUUCUUCUAAUAGUAUCAACAAUAAUUUGAUUAAUAACAGAAAUAUGAAAACGAUUGGUGUUGAUUUUCAGUCAAUUAGUGAAGAAAACAAUAUAAAUGAAUCAUUGACAAUAAAUAAAUCACCAGCUAAAAGUUUAAAUGGUACUAAUCCAAAUACUGAUUCAUAUGAAGAAGAACAAACUAUCAAUAUAACACCCAUGAAACCCUUAUUAGAAGGCUAUAAUAGUCAUGUGACAAUACUUCCGACACGUACCAAUCAAAAAGUUCAAUAUCUAAUUACUGAAUAUUCAAAUGGUGAUAUUGAUAUUGGACAAGGUUAUAUGAGCGAUGGUGGGGAAACAUUUCGUAAAGUUCCAGUUUUAUCUUCAAGAUUUCUUGAAAUUGAUAAUGGCUAUUUAUCGGAUGGUAGUAUUGGUGCACUAGGAAACCAUUUGCAACAGCAGCAACAACAACAACAACAACAGCAAUCGCAACCAUUAACACCACACCGUGGCAAACAUUUUUUAAAUGGUUUGAGAGGAAGACAAUUAUUACCCACAACUAUCAUAGAAGAAAAGGCACGUGGAAGCCAUGGAAGCUUGGAUAGUAUUGGUACUGGGACACAGUCAUUAAGCUCACCAACUAAUGCAAUACCAAAUCUUAUAAUUGAUAAUAAUAAUAGUAAUAGCCCUCCCAGUGUUAUUAAUUCGCCAAAGGGUAAUAUAAACGGAAAUCAAAUCAAUUCUGAUAGCGAUAGCACUAAUAUGGAAUCAAAAUGUGAUAGUAAUCCAAGCAGCCGUUCAUCAUCUCGUAUUGGAUUUAUUAAUGGUCGUGACAAUAAUAGUCCAAAAAUUAUGUCAAAUGGGAACAAUGAUUCACUAAAUAAAUUAACAUCAACUGAAUCAAAUCCAAAUCAAAAAAUUAAAUCUUCGUCACAAAAACAAUCUUCAUCACCAAGUAAAACGAAAGGUGUUCCUCAGAGUUUUGGUUAUAUAAAACGAACAAACGGUUCAGCUUUAGGUGUUGUUACAACAACAACUACAACACAAUCAAUUACAAAUGAACAACAAAAAAUGAUUCAGCAACAACAGCAACAUCAACAAGAUGUUAAUAGAACAGCUCAUGUUUCGGGAGUACCAAGAAAUAAUAAAAUAAAAGUAUCUGGUGGAACCCAAACACAACAAGCUGAAAUUCAAACCAAAAUACCACCCACCAAUCAGCACAGAAGUUUUUCCUUAACAGGACCUGGAGCUACACAAUUAAGUCAAGCUAUUAGAGAGAGAUUAGCUAAUGGUUCUUACAGCUUACCAAAACCUGGUACUGAAAUGCAUAUGUUUCAACAUAGAGUCAAAUAUCGUCAUUCUGGAAAAAUUCUUGAUGGAUCUUUAUCCGAUACACAAACAUAUGCUGAAGUUAAACCAGAACAGAGCACUUAUGCAAUGUGGUUGAAACAUAGCAAUACUACUUCAAGCAGAUUGUCAGCCGGUGAUUCAAUUGAAAGUUUACAGCAUGUUCUUGGAUCACCGGCAAUGCAACGUCAUAGUGCUCAUAAAUUGAUACAUCGGAAUUCACCAAGUAAUCAAAUUAUUAACAACGGACCAAUUGUGGAAGGUGCAUACAUGCAAAGCCCACGUCUUAAUAGAAGUAACAGUAUUAGAUCAUCCAAAUCAGACAAAAUGUAUUCAACAUUAAGCAGUAACCAAAGUGGUGAUGUUGACGCCGAACCUUUUUAUUGUUUACCAGUUGGUUCAAUACAAACUCAAAUUCAAAACGGCAUUGCUGCGGGUGGGAAUUUGGCUAAAAUAUCACCUUGGAGUCAACCAACAUCGCCAACACCCCCUGCAGGGCGGAGUGGUCUUUUGUCCCCAACACAUAGUGGUAUUUCAUCGUCAGGAUAUAACAGCAUAACACCAAGUCAUAGAUUAACAUAUCCAAAGCGAAACGAUGAUAUUCACGGCAGCACAGCAUCGUUAUUGUCAGGAGGUAGCUCCCUAUAUGGAUCAGUUGAGGAGCGACAAGCUAAUGAAGUUCGCAGAUUAAAACGAGAAUUAAUUGAAGCUAGAGAGCAAGUUAUGAGUUUAUCAAAUCAACUUUCAACAAAUGCACAUGUGGUUUCGGCUUUUGAACAAAGUUUGUCAAACAUGAAACAACGUUUGCAACAACUAACAGAAACUACGGAAAGAAAGGAUAGUGAAUUAACUGAUAUGCGACAAACUAUUGAAUUACUUAGAAAACAAUCAAUUCAAGCUGGAUUAACAUCAGCUCAUAUUCAAAGUAUGGGAUUACAAUCUCAAAUUAGUACUGAUCAAAUUACAAACAGUCCGCGUAAACAAAGUGCUCCAGACAAUUUAGAGUAUCAUAAUAAGCAAACAGCAAACGGUGGAACUAACAUAUCAAGCAUGCCGCGUGAUUCAAUAACUUCUAAUCUUUUAGAAAUUCAACAAAAUAAUACCACACGUGGUUCAAUAUGUUCUUUGAAUUCUAUUACUUCAGUUAAUUCAACUACUCAAGAUAAAAAGAAGAAAAAAAGCUGGCUUAAAAGUUCAUUUACUAAAGCUUUCUCUAAAAAUGCCAAAAUUUCUAAGACUGAAAAACAUAUUUCCAGCAUUCCUAACACGCCACAAAAACAACAACAACAUAGAGUGAGCGAUAGCAAUUCUGUUGCGAAACAAAUGCUAUCUGGAGGAAAUAACUGCGGGGAUGAUUACAAUACUUUCAAUUCACCAAAUCAUGUCAUAGGAGCGAGUAAUACACCAUCAAAUUCCACGAAAUCAAGUCCUCAAAAAUGUGUUACUAUAAUAGAAAAUGCCAAACCUCUUGACGCCAUAGAUUUAGAUGGCAAUCCAGUUGUUGAGGAUCUUAAAAAGCAACUCCGAGAAAAAGAUUUAAUUUUAACAGACAUUCGACUAGAAGCACUAAGUUCAGCUUCACAAUUGGAAAGUUUACGAGACACCGUUAUGAAAAUGAGGGCAGAAAUGUUGACACUCAAACAAAACAAUGAGCGCCUACAGAAAUUGGUUACUAGUAGAUCACUCGCUGGUAGUGAAAUUUCCUUAAGGAAUUCUAUUAGUCCUAAUGGCUCUAUCAUCAGUGAUUCAAAAAGAUAUAGUCUUGUUGACUCUUCUCGACCCCACAUAGAUUUACCGAAGAGUUUGGAGGAAGAAGUUGAAGAAGACAACAUACCACCAGCUCCAGCUCCAGAGCCACCACCUCCUUCAACAUUACCUAUUCAAAAAACAAGUCCUACCACUCAUAUUGACUUGACGCCGCCUCCACCAGCUAUCGAAGCGCCAAGCCCAACACGUUCUCAACCCCCCAUAUUACCUUCAGUUAGUGAGGAUGGACCAGAUGUAACUGACGGAAAAAAAAUUGAAAUAGCCGUGUACCUUGGGCAGCCGGAAUCAUUUUCGAAAUAUCUUGAGGAAAUAAUAGAUUCCUCCAACCCCGAGGCAAUUUAUUCCAAUUCAGAUUUUCACAAAGAUAAAAAAGAAUCUGAAGAAAUUUAUAGCAAUGCAGCGACAGAAAUAGAUGAGAGAAUGUAUUCUAAUCCAAACUUUCAUGAAUUUGUAAUAGCUUGUACAUACAUUUCUGGCAAGACAACAUGGCAAAAUUUAGAUUAUAUAGUUAGAAAAACAUUUAAAGAUUAUUUAGCACGUAUUGAUCCAGGGACCAAUUUGGGUUUAAAUACAGAUUCAAUAACUUCGUAUCAUUUGGGUGAAGCAAAACGUGGUCCUGAAAUUGGUUUCCCACAAUUACUUCCUUGUGGUUAUAUUAUUGGAAAUGUAAAAACUUUAUAUAUAUGUCUUCAAGGAGUUGGUAGUUUAGCUUUUGAUAGUUUGAUACCGCGUAGUAUUGUUCAUAGAUAUAUCACUUUGUUAACUGAACAUCGUCGACUGAUAUUAUGUGGGCCAAGUGGCACUGGUAAAUCUUACCUAGCCAGAAAGUUGGCAGAAUUUAUUGUAGCUCGCGGGGGAAGGAAUAAUAUAUCUGAAGCAAUUGCUACAUUUAAUGUUGACAAUAAAUCAUCCAAAGAGCUUCGGCAAUUUUUAAGUUAUAUUGGUGAACAAGCAUCAAUGCCUAAUGGAGAAUCAGAAUUGCCAUCUGUGAUUAUAUUAGAUAAUUUACACCAUGCAUCUGCUCUUGGAGACGUGUUUUCGUCAUUAUUAAGUUCGGGUCCAGCAGCGAAAUUACCAUGCAUUAUUGGAACAAUGUCACAAGCAACAUGUAAUACAACAAAUCUUCAACUUCACCAUAAUUUCAGAUGGGUUCUGACAGCAAAUCAUAUGGAACCUGUCAAAGGUUUCUUAGGACGUUAUUUAAGAAGACGUCUUUACACAUUAGAAUUACAUUCCCAAAAUCAUCAACCUGAAUUAACAGCAGUGUUUGCCUGGCUACCAACUGUUUGGCAACAUAUUAAUCGAUUUUUAGAAAUUCACAGUAGCAGUGAUGUCACCAUUGGACCGAGAUUAUUCCUCUCGUGUCCAUUAAAUUUAAAAGAUUCACAAGUUUGGUUCACCGACAUUUGGAACUAUCAUAUUGUACCAUAUCUAAUAGAAGCAGUACGUGAAGGUGUUCAAUUAUAUGGACGUCGUGGUGGUGCAUGGAAUGAUCCAUCAACAUUUAUUAGAGAUACUUAUCCAUGGAAAUAUGGCCCAGAUUCAGUACCAGCACUACGACAAAUAAAUGCUGACGAUGUUGGUUUAGAAGGUUGCGAAAUUGGUAAAAGCGAUUCGCAUGAUCCUUUGCUUAAUAUGUUGAUACAUCUUCAAGAGGCUGCAAAUUAUUCAGAAAAUCAAGAACCAGAAUCCGAUUGUGUUAGUUUAGAUUCAAAUUUAACACAGGAUAGUUCAGCAGGCGUAGAAAAUGAAGUUGAAUAGGGAAGAAAUUAAAAACAACAAUAAUAAUAAAAUAAAAUAUAAUAAAUAAUGAGUUAUUUUCCAAAUGAAAGAAGAGCUCACUUAACAAUUUCAUACUGUGAUAUUUCGGUGACAAAUCUGUUAAUUUCAAAAUGUUUUUUUUUUUUUGUACUAAGUUAUUGCAUAUUACUUGAGAAUGAAAAUUUAAAUUGGUAGGAAUGAAUGUAAACCCUAAAGUUAAUUAAGUAAUAAGGUAGAAAACAAAAACCAAUAAAAUUAUGUAAAGAAAAACAAGUAAAAUCAAACCGAACGCUUUGUAUGUUAAUCAAAAAAUUGCAAUAAAAUAAUUGAUAAGAAUAUAAAUAUUUAAAAUAUUUUUAAAAUAAUCUUUGUAAGAAAUAUGGCGAAGUUCAGAAAUUUAAAAUGAAUAAUGGCUAAAAUCAACAUAUAGAAACUGUUGGUACAUCUUUAAACCUUUGUAAGUAGCAUACGAAAAGUAUAUUGUGGGAAAUAUUUUAAAGCAGUCAAACCAGGCAAGUUUAAAUUGUUCUAUAUUAUUAUUUUUCCUUAAUAUUAUAAUAUUAUUACAUGAAUGAAUCAAUUUAUUUGAUUAUGGAUCGUUUUAAUAUUGAAAAUAAGAAUUAAAUUUUCAUCGG